GGGAAGUCAAUGAGAGGGUAGAAGGAUGGUUGCAUGGAAGACUGCAGGAACCUUCCGCUAAGUUAGGAAGAAUGAAUGGUUUUAGGACAAAAUAAUUUUCUUCUUCUUAUUCUCUCUCUCUCUCUCUCAGAUGAAUGUGACUCAAUUGAUGUUGAAUCAGAAACUGCAGGAAUCUGAUAUUUCUGUAUAUUGAUCUUCAAAGUGGGACUUUCUCUUCCUUCUUUAAUCUCUCAUAUGAAGAAAUUUGAAUGGUUUUGUUACUAGCAUGGUUCAGCGUCUUUUCAAAUUUCAACUAGUGGAUAUGACUUGCGACUUGUUUUGGAAGCAAUCUGCUCGAGUCUUCUAUCUGUGCUGUUAAGAGUUAAAUGAGUCAACUUACGACCGGGCUAUGGAGAAAGAUGAGUGGGAGGUUGAGAAUAUGGAAGAAAAGGGAAACAAAAAGCGAGACAUCAUUUAUGAAAAAUGGUAGAAUGUUACUAGAGGGGUGUGCUGCUUCUCGUAAUGGAAAAUGUAAUCCCAUUCGUAUCUUCUCUAUGGAGGAGCUCAAGAGAGCAACAGAUAACUAUAGCAGAAGUCACGUCUUUUAUUGUGAUGGUUAUUUUAAAUUAUACAGAGGCAUUCUCCAGGGCAGGGCAAUUUGCGUUAAGAAGUUUGUCACUUCAUCUUUGUGGACCAAUUCCGCCAUUGAUGAGGUUGUAAUUGCAUCCCAAAUGAGCAUUCACAAGAAUGUUUUGAAGCUUAUAGGAUGCUGUCUCGAGACCGAAACCCCAACUCUAGUGCAUGAAUUUCCCAAGAACGGAACUCUUAAGGAUGGUCUCUGUGUUUCCCAGGGAGCAUGCCGGCAGCCAUUAUCCUGGAAAUGCAGGUUGAGGAUCGCGGCAGACAUAGCCAGUGCAGUGGCCUAUCUUCACACUGCAUUUCCCAGGCCCAUUAUCCAUAGGAAUAUUAAACCUGCAAGUGUUCUAUUGGCUGAAAACAAUGUUGCAAAAUUGUCUGAUUUCUCAUUUUGCAUACCCAUACCUGACGGCGAAUCGCGCGUGCAAGAAGUUCCUUGGGGAACUUGGGGAUUCAUUGCACCAGAGUACCUAGCUACUGGUUCUUUGACAGAGAAAGCCGAUGUUUAUGCUUUGGGUAUGCUUCUGUUUGUGCUUUUGACUGGACAUCAGUUGAUGUGCUACGAUGGGCAUUUGAACAGUGAACAUUCCAUUAGAUCUGAUGUUGUGAACUACUAUGCUGAAAACAGAAGUAGGCUGAUUGAGAUUUUGGAUCAUAGUGUAGUGGAAGAGGCAAGAUGCCCAGCGAAGGCUCAACAAUUGCAGGACUUCAUAGCACUUGCCUUCAGAUGCAUCAACAGAACAGAAGAAGAUAGGCCAACAAUGACUGAUGUAGCAAAACAACUUCGGCAGAUGGAGAGGUCUGCCCUUUGUUGCAAUAAUGCUUGUAAUCACUAAUUGGCUUUGCUGAUACACAUAUAUAUUAGCAAAACAACUUCGGCAGAAGGACACUCUUAAGUUCAAUUUCUUACUCUAUUCAGAAUCAAAAAAUUAGAUAUAUAUUGUUGAUACUUGACCA